GCUCGGAGCUUGUCAACCGCACGAUCCAGUUACUGUAGCUGCCUGCUGCAAUGAAAAUAACGUCGUUGGUGGGUGGAUAUAUUUAUAUGGGCCUGUUUCCAUCGUUUUUCCCCAAAAACAGUGACUGACUGUUAAGAACGUGAGAGGCUUGUUAUAAGAAGCAACACCACAAAUGCAGGUGAGAUUUUUACAUAAACAGCAGUAAAUUUCUUUUUCUUUUUUUCAACCAUAAUUUUAUCUUAAAUUUAAACUUGUGUCUAUUGUUGUUUGCGUAAUUGUGUGUAAUUAACCCCAAAAAAAUCACGUUACUCUAAACCUGAGUGACGUUGUUAGAUGGAUCCCUUUUUUGUUGUUGUUGUUGUUGUUGUUGUUGUUGUUGUUUUCUACAAAUUUCCACCACUUUGUCAAAUUUUAAUCAUCAGAAAGACACAAUUCUGCAUAAAUACUAGUGCACUGAUCAUAUGAAGAGAUUUUGGAGGUUCUGCAUUUUCAAUUCCACGCACCACGCAUGAGUCAUGCUGUUGAUAGAGACAAAAUAUACGAUCUACAGCCAUGCACUGUGCAUUCCUGAUCAUAUUAUCCUUCCAGGAGUGGGCCUGGUGGGUUAGUUGGCAAAAAUCUGCUUGGGAAAAACAAUAGGCUUGCAUACCACCUCAUGUAGGCUACAAGCUGAAAUGGACCAAGGGAAGCACAGAAACACACUCAUGAGUGAAAAAUAAAAGGCAUUUUCUGCGAGGUGAAAAGUGUUUGAGUUUAGCCUACAGUUGAGGGUUUGCUGCUGAGUAAGAUAAGGGAGUAACAGACCACACAGCGAUAUUUGGUGUUCAGGGAGACUCAGUUUAUUUUGGUGCCGAGGUUUUUGCAUAGUGAUGAGCAGCUCCUGUGCCCACAGCUCUGUAGGAGAUUGCAAGUGUGUGUGUGUGUGAGUGUGUGUGUAGGCUACACAAGUCCUUGAGCUUUCCAGCUAGGAGAAGAUGAAAUGGAGAAAGUGGUAUCUGGAGUCUUAUCUGAUUCAAUAAAGAGUGUGUGGAUACCAGAGGAAAUCCUUUGAUCACGUUCAAAAUGCGCGCGGUGCCCUUUCACUCUCUCUAAACAGGUGAAGACGAGGCACUGACGGAGGCAUGUGACGGAUAUUAUGGCUUACAGCAGGCGUUCGCCUCUCAGGAGCCGACAGCUGGCCGACUCAUGCAGUCCUGUAGCCGGGGCCCCCGAGCCUGAGCUCCACCCACCUCACACAGCAUACCUUUUGACUUCAUGAAGAUCCCUGACCUUGGUGAUGUAAUGAAUAAAUUUGAAGUCCUUGGGAUUGUGGGUGAAGGUGCCUAUGGUGUUGUUCUGAAGUGCCGACACAAGGACACCAAUGAAAUUGUGGCCAUUAAGAAAUUCAAGGACAGCGAAGAAAAUGAAGAGGUCAAAGAAACGACCCUGCGGGAGCUCAAAAUGCUCCGCACCCUCAAGCAGGAGAAUAUUGUUGAGCUGAAAGAAGCCUUCCGCCGAAGAGGGAAGCUGUACCUUGUUUUCGAAUAUGUGGAGAAGAAUAUGCUCGAACUGCUCGAGGAGUUACCAAACGGUGUGCCGAGUGAAAAAGCACGCAGCUACAUCUUCCAGCUAAUCAAAGCAAUUCACUGGUGCCAUAAGCAUGACAUUGUUCACCGAGACAUAAAGCCAGAAAACCUUCUCAUCAGCUCCGAUGACGUCCUCAAGUUAUGUGACUUCGGCUUUGCACGUAAUCUCUCUGAGGGGACUGACGCCAAUUACACCGAGUAUGUGGCCACUAGAUGGUACCGGUCUCCGGAGCUCCUGCUCGGGGCUCCUUACGGGAAGGCGGUGGACAUGUGGUCAGUGGGCUGCAUCUUAGGAGAGCUGAGUGACGGGCAGCCGCUGUUCCCGGGAGAGAGCGAGAUCGACCAGCUCUUUACCAUCCAGAAAGUGCUGGGACCUCUGCCACCAGAGCAGAUGAAGCUCUUCUAUAACAACCCUCGCUUCCACGGGCUGAGGUUUCCUACUGUGAGUCACCCUCAAACCUUGGAGCGAAGAUACCUGGGAAUCAUCGACGCAGCCCUGCUCGACCUGCUGAAGAACAUGCUGCUCCUGAACCCCACCGAGCGCUUUCUCACAGAGCAGAGCCUGAACCACCACGCCUUCCAGACCCUGCGGAUGGUGGAGCGGCCUGGGCCACCCACACCCACACCUGUACGCUCCUCUAAGAGAAAACCUCACCACGGAGACAACACUACCCCCAGCAGGAGCCAUGGGGGAAAGAGCUCAGGAAGCCACCGCUCCAGCAGCAGAGAGUGCUCCAGCUUACCCCGACAUGAAGACCUCCACCCCAACAACGACAGCUUUCUCAACGGCAACAUGUCUGCAGCCAUCAACCUCAGCCCCACACUUCAUCCUAAGAACUACCAGCCACAGAUCUUCAACCACUCCACCGCCUGCAGCAUGGACCUGGCCAGCAGCAACCUGCCUCAUCUGCUCAGCCCCGGCGAGACCAAGUCCAAGGGCGACUUUGAGAUGAACUUGGGAUCCAAGGUGUCAGAUGGCCCAGGGGCGAAGUACCUCAAAUCCAACUUCCGCUCACAGCAGAACCGCCACUCUUUUGUAGAAGGGAAGACCAACACGCUUCAGUCAGGGGACAAACACAGCCGACACAACUACAUGGAGUCCCACAGCUCCACGCCAUCCUCCUCUAAGUUUGCCUACCUGAACUUGUCCAAGAGCUAUGGCACGCUUAGCGAUGCCAAGUCAGUGGGGAACUUAAAUGAUGUGCAUCUUUAUGCAGAUGAACCCACGUCUCGCUAUUUUCCUUCCAGCUGCCUCGACCUCACAGCUCCGGGCAGCCCAGCGGCCCGCCGAGUGGAGAGGCUGGGACCUGGCACAGGUGGCAGAGGAAGCAUGCGCUCAGAGAGAGAGAGCAACACUCUGGACUCCUCCUACAGGCGCUCCUCCACCCGCCAUAAAACUUCAGAGGAGUCCAAGUCACCAGACUCCCUGGAUCCCGGGGAGAGCGAAAGGAGCCAUUCCCAUUCUCUCUCUGCCCCACAUGACCCUCUGUCUUAUGGUCAGGGAUACACCAGCCCCUUCUCCUCCCAGCAGAGGCCACACCGCCACUCCAUGUACGUACGGAGGGAUCACCAGAGGACGCACGGGGGAGACGAGGGACUGUUGGUCGGGCAGGGAAUACCCACCAGAGCCAGCAGCCUCCAGCUCCUGUCCCCACAGCUGCAGCACCGCACACUGCCUCGCCACUCUGGGGGCUCCUCCAGAGAAGAAGACAUGAGCAGGAACGAACAGGCACCCACUGAGGUCACCCACAGCAGACCUCCAAUAAGGGACUCCACAAGGGACAACACCGCAUCUUUUCACACACAGCGGAAAAAAAGCGAGGUUGGCUUAUAUCAUGACCAGCAAACAGAAGAUGGGGGUUCUUCCAAAGAGAACCGCAACAUCUACAGCGAAUCCAUGCCAAGGCGGGUGGGCAGCUUCUACAGAGUCCCGUCUCCCCGGCCAGACAACUCCUUCCACGACAGCCGGGGUCAGAGUCGGGGCUCGGGCUUGUCUGGCGACGGCAGCAGUUUAGCGAAUCACUCCAAACGACAGCCGACGUUUGACCCCUGGACUGGCCCAGAUACUGUAGUCUUGAAUGCCUCUGAGCCUUCCAAAGAAAAGGAGAAGCAGGGUUUCUUCAGAGCAAUAAAGAAGAAAAAGAAGAAAUCUCAGAUGAUGGAAGUCCCUGAUGGAAGGCCUCCUGUCAUCAAGAAAUGUCUUUUCCCUCUGUUUAGCCCAAAGAAUAACAUAAAGCAUAGUUCCUCUGUGAGAGUCCUCCCUGUAGUGUCCUCUCCCAUGGUUUCCAGUGAAGGCGUGGAUACGGUCAUCCAAAAGUCCUCCAGGUCUUCGAGUCACCAGAGCAACCGCCACAGGUCACGUGACAAGAGCAGAGACCGGGACCAAGAUCGAGACAGGGACAAGGACUGGCCGCCUGAGAAACUGUCCGAUUCACACUCUUCGAGCCAACCGCUGAAGUCGCUGCGCAAGCUCCUGCACCUUUCCUCCUCAUCCUCCAACCAGACCGCAUCUUCUGACAUGCGCUACCAGCCGCUGCCUAACUCAGCCUCUGCUCAAGGCGGUUUCACCGAGGGCCGGGGUCACUCAGGGGUCAGCACGCCCCAGCUCAAGGCCCGACAGUCAGCGUACCCGCUGCCCGGACAGCUGGAUUCCGGCUGGCACACGUCCGCCCUGGGCCGCCCCGAGGGCAACCCCUACCCGGAGCAAAUGAGCAUCAAAGGAGGCCAGAACGGGCACGGCUUCGGACGCCCGUCCAGAUCUCGUAUGCCAAAUCUCAACGACCUGAAAGAGACAGCUCUGUGAUCUCCAGCGCCCCACUGCUCUCACGCGUGUGUCAGACUCCUCUGUUACCACCUCCCUCCUGUAACACCUGCUCCACACACACACAAACGCACACACCAAACCAUCAGUUCAAACACUGCUUGCAAACAGGCCAAAAGCCUUUUUACGUCCAGAUUUUUUUAAAGCUUCCAUGUUUGAUAGACUUUAUAUUAAUACCUAUGUAAUUCUGAUUAUAAUUUGUAUUAUAAAGUAAAUAUAUUACAAAUUCAGUGUAUAUAUAUAUAAAUGGAUAGAUAAAGUGUAGAUUUUAAGUGUAAGUAUUUUUGUUUCUAUUAAAUAUAGAAAUAUAGUACAUUUUACUGCGUAGUAUUAUUUAAGACUAAUCUAAGGCAUUCGAAGCAAAUGCAGUUUUAUCAGUUGUUACAAUAGAGAUUGGUAAUGUCAGUAUCUCGUGUUCAUCUCGUCCAGGAUUGUAAUUCUGUGUCCAAGCUGUCUUGCCUAUGGAUGUGCUCUGUCAAGACUGGUUACAGACGCUCAAAUGCGCAACUGCGAACCAGUGCAGCCGUGUCGAAAUCUAGCUAUAACCUGUGCAGUUUCUCUGAGCUGAAAUUGACAGUCUAAAAGCUUACGUUUUAUUGCUCUUUUCCUUCUUUCUUUUUUCUGAAAAGAUUUUAGGUUUUACGUCUUAAGUGCAGCCAUUUUAGAAACUACGGUGCCAUCAACUAACAGAAAGCCUAACCUACAUCGCCCUCUGUGGGAGAUAUCGAAGCACUGCAUCUCCUGUUUUCUGACUGAGAUUGUCAGGCACAUUUAGACUUUUCCAUGCACUGUAUGUGUAAAUGACCAUUUGCAUAAUAUAGCCCAAUGUUACAAAAAUAGAGCAAACCUCACAGUUUUAAAAAAAAGUGUCUAUACAAAGGAGAUGCAGGAGCGUUAACGUGCCCUUACGGAUGAAUUAUAACGUGUUCAAAUGUUCUGCAAUGCUUUGAGCAAACGUCAACAAACAUCUGCAGCUGAUAACGAAGGAAGUGGCUUUUCUCUGAAAACUACAGGAUUCAAUAAAGACUCUGUUGUUUGAUUA